ACGCUUUUGGCAAUCACUAUCUAAAACUGCACGCGAGCACAAGCCCAUUUUCGCACGGUCCGCACCUCGUCUAGGUCAAUUUCCCUUGCGGAUCGAUAAUUGGUGAAUUCGAUUGUGACAUAAUCGUGCAGGGAUGUCGCUGGUUCCGGUCCUUUUUCGCGACUGGUGGGACGACGUUUGGGACGUUCCGUUGAGGAGUUCGCACAUUCACGACCAGCAUUUUGCCUCGGGACUGAUGGCGGACGAUCUGCUGGGCUCGGUGACGUCCUGUCCGAGGUCUGCUGGGUAUCAUCAUCACCAUGGUCACGGCCAUGGUCACCGUAGAAGAUCCGGAUACUACCACCGACCGUGGAGAACGGCAGCUUCGAUGGAGGACGGUGGUUCCGAAGUCAACGUUGACGGUGAGCGGUUCCAGAUUAACUUGGACGUCCAGCAGUUUAAUCCGGAUGAGAUCAGCGUUCGAACGGUGGACGACACGGUGGUCAUCGAGGGCAAACACGAGGAGAAGGAGGACGAGCAUGGUUUCGUCUCGAGGCACUUUGUACGGCGUUAUUUACUGCCGGGUGGGUACGAACCUGCCGGCGUCUCAUCGACGCUAUCCUCGGAAGGAAUUCUCACGGUGAAUGCUCCGAAGAAGGAACCGAAUCCGAUUCCGGCAAACGAGCGAAUGAUUCCAAUCAAGCAAACCGACGAGAUCGUCAAAGGAGAAAAGAAGAGUAAUGGUGGUGACAAGAAAUCAACAAGUGAAAAAAAGUAGAUUUAAUGUUUUUAACAAGUUUUCCACAACGAAAAGUAGUGCCUAAACCUUAUGGUGAAUACUGAAGUGCAUUUGAAUUCGCUGUGAAUCUCACAUCAAAAUUUUAACGUUGUUCAAUAAUAUCAAUUUGAGGAUAAGUAAUGAAGUUGCACUGCGCUGCACAAAUGAAAAAGUUCGUUAAAAUUGGACUAAUCAAAAGUUGCUGAGUGCAGCGGAUGUCCGCAAAGGCUGUCAAAAGUAAGGAAAAUAACAACAACAGCAAAAGUUGUUGUAAAACGUUUUACUCGUUGUGGAUGCUAGAUGAUGUUUCUAGAAAAAAAAGUUCUAUUUUAGCAUCUGUUAUUUUAAUCGUUACUCAAAUAAAGUUGAUGAAAAUCUAAA